AUGGGCAAGUCAACUCUCCGUUUCGACUCGGGGUUCGAUUUCGUCCUCACGAUGGCUCUACAAGAGCCCAAGUAUGACAGAGACUUCGUAAAGCUCUUGAAUGCGCCGACGAAGGUUCCAAUGCAUCUGAGUGACCUUCCAUAUGAACCCACGACCGUGUGUUUGUCCAAGAGCAUCAUUGCUGCCUUCAAGGAGGUGCAGCAGACAAUGCCGCUUGACCUUGCACUAAGGCUCAAGCAGGCUGUCAUGCAGACAAUGAAAACCACACCGAAUAUGGGAAGUAUCAGCAAAACCAAAGUUAGCAGCAUGAUGCCAUACCAGAGAUUGGCCGGAGAGCAUGGCAUCGAAAAGCAAGUUGGCUAUCCAGACUGGUUUUUCAUGGCUGCCUGGCUGGGCCCAGGGCAUCCAUUUCUCGAAGACAUUCGCAAAGACAUGUCAGAUGUCUGGGGCGUAGAGUUUCCGACCGACGAGAUCAUUUAUCCCAUGAUUAUGAACCGCGAAACCGAAGUGAGGCUUUUCAACGGAGAAAUUGCCCCUACACCUAAUGAAGACUCCAUCGAGGAGCGAGCAAAGACAAUCAAGAAAAAGAUCAACGACUCAACAGUCAAUGGUCUCAGCGCUGCUAUCAAAGACCAUCUCCCUGAUGCCCUCAAGCAUUUCGGCGACGCAGACAGCGUGUACGCAUCGGAAAAGAGCCUCGCCUCGACAAACCGCGAACUCGAAGACGCAAGAAAACAAGUCACCAAUCUUGAGAAACAACUCGCUGAGUCUAAAGCAUCGCAAGCCCGCGCACAAGAGACGACCAACAGCGAACUACAGAAGAAUAAGAGCGACAUGGAAACCCUCCGAAAAGAGAUCAAGCAGCUCAAAGCCGCACAAAAUUCGACCAACAGCUUCAAGAGGGUUGUCGAAGCACUCCGGGAGACAGUCGCUGGUUUGGACGCCAGGGUACUCUUUGGGGAGAAGAAAGUCGAGCAAGAGAUGAACGCCCUACGCAGAAAAGUAGCUCAAUCAGCUGAGAAAGCGGAAAAGGCAGUGGAGACAGGGGCUUUGGUUCUGAGCGUCCUGUCAACUCCUGGAGGUCAGAAGCGAAAGAUGGAUGAGAUUUCUUGA